AUGAAAGAUUAUGAUUUAGAGUUUAUAUAUCAUGAGGGGCGAGCAAACUUGGUAGCCGAUGCAUUGAGUAGGAAGUCUAAUCCCUCGUUUUCCGCCUUAAAUGGAGUUGAGGAGUUGCAUCGGGGUUUUUCCAGAUUAAAUUUGGAAGUGGUACGUAAAGGUGAGUUACAGGGGUGUCUGAGUGCCUUGGCUAUUCGACCUUCAUUCUUUGAAGAAAUUUUGAACUCCCAGGAUAAAGACCCAAAACUUUUGAAGUUAAAGGAACAGGCACAGGAAGGAAGAGCUGAGGGAUUCUUUGUUCAGGAAGAUGGAAGCUUAAGGUUCAAUGCUCGCUGGUGUUUACCAACAGGGGAGGAAUCUUUAAAGGAACGUAUCUUGGAUGAGGCCCAUUGUACGAAAUUUUCAGUCCAUCCGGGCGUUGAAAAAAUGUAUCAAGACCUUAAGUUAAUGUUUUGGUGGUCUGGGAUGAAGAAGGAUAUUGCGGAUUAUCUCGCGAUGUUUGACUUGUCAGAAGGCAAUGGGUACUAUGUUGCUUUAUCAUACGUCAUUUCAUCUGCAGACGGAUGGGCAAACAAAAUGGACAAAUCAGAUAUUAGAAGAUAUGUUGCGCGCUAUUGCCAUGGAAUUACAAGGUCGGUUUAUUGGGAUGAUUUCACCGAAGCGGUGACCAGGGGACCUGAGUUGUUAUUUCAGAUGACUGAAAAGGUGAAAGUGAUAAGGGAUCAUUUAAAAGCGGCACAGGAUCGUCAAAGGUCUUAUGCUGAUUUGAAGCGACGACCAGAAGAGUUCAUCGUUGGCGAACGGGUGGCUUAUCGGUUAGCCCUUCCAAACUCCUUGGAAAAGGUACAUGACGUAUUUCAUGUGUCGCAGCUCAAGCGAUAUCAUGCCGCAACCUCUCAUGUCUUAGAUCCCGAACCUUUAGAUUUGGAUACAUCCUUGUCUUACUCUGAGAAACCGGUUAUAAUCUUGGACACGAAGGUCCGUAGUAGGCGACGGAAGAAUAUAUCUACAGUAAAGGUCCUGUGGUCAAAUCACGAGCGUGAAGCGGCUACAUAG